GAGAGAGAGAGAGAGAGAGAGAGAGAGAGAGAGAGAGAGAGAGAGAGAGAGAGAGAGAGAGAGAGAGAGAGAGAGAGAGAGAGAGAGAGAGAGAGGAUCUGAGGCUAAAACUCUCUCAGUAGGAGUCCGAUAGCGGUGGAUGUAGCCUUUCUCUUUCAGCGCUCCCGUCUGGUUCGAAGUGUGUGAGAGAGAGAGACAUAAACAGAUAGAGACAGGGAGAGAGAAAGAAAAAGACAGACACAGAGAGUGAGAGAGACCAACAGAAAGAAAGACAGAGUGACAGAGAGUGAAAGAGACACAGAGACAGAAAGUGAGAACGAGAGAGAGUGAGAGAGAGACACACACACAGACAAAAAGAGAAAGUGAGAAAGGGAGAGAGCGCAUCAGUAAAGUGUUUCUGUUCGGAGCUGUGAGGAAGACUGGACUCUACAGGUAAAAGAAGUAUUGAUGAAGAUGCAGUAGUCCUCCAGACAGUCUGAUUGUUUCUGCGGUGAUAAGCAUCGGUUUCUCCUGGUCUCAGUGCUCAUGGUCCUGCUCCGGUAAUGUUCUAGCCCUGCCAGGCUUUAAUUGAACAUCAUGUCUAAAUCUCCCGAGAAAAACUCUCCUCUGCUGCAGCUGCAGGAGGCAGACUCCAGCAGGGUGGGCAGCCGGGUGCUCUCCCCCCUCUUUAACACCUCCUCCUCUCCUGUCCUGCCCAUGGAGAGCCACCCCAUCUGCAUCCCCUCGCCCUAUACGGACCUGGGCCAUGACUUCACCACCCUGCCCUUCUACAGUCCCACUCUGCUGGGCUACAGCGGCACAUCCCUCUCAGACUGCCCGUCAGCACGGCAGUCUCUCAGCCCCACCCUCUUCUGGCCCUCUCACAACCACGUGUCCACUCUGUCUCUGCAUCGCCCACAGACCCACACCCAGCACAACCAGCUCAGCAGCGGAGCCUGGCAGGAACUCAUAUCCCACGACUACAUAGCUGAGGAGAACAGCAAACCAAUAGGGAAAAGGUCAGCGGAGUGUGAGGAGAACUUCCGCUCUGUGGAGAGUAAAUCUGACAUGCACUUCUGCGCCGUGUGCAGCGACUACGCCUCUGGCUACCAUUACGGUGUCUGGUCCUGUGAGGGAUGCAAAGCCUUCUUUAAAAGAAGCAUACAAGGUCAUAAUGACUACAUUUGCCCUGCGACCAACCAGUGCACCAUUGAUAAGAACCGGCGCAAGAGCUGCCAGGCCUGUCGGCUUCGCAAGUGUUACGAAGUGGGAAUGAUGAAAUGCGGUACGAGAAGAGACCGUGGCAGCUACAGUCGUGGGGGCCCACAGCAGAAGAGAGGGGUGCGGUUACCUGCCAGAGCAGUGGUGGGCAGUCACAGACAAGCAGAGCGAAAAGGAGCCCUGCCCCUCAGGGUGAAGGACGUUUUACCUGCAACUCUGAGCCCAGAGGAGCUCAUAACCCGAAUCACGGAGGCAGAACCACCAGACAUUUAUCUGAUGAAGGACAUAAAGAAACCCUUUACUGAGGCAAACAUCAUGAUGUCGCUCACAAACCUGGCUGACAAAGAACUCGUCCACAUGAUCAGCUGGGCCAAGAAGAUCCCAGGUUUUGUGGAACUCGGCCUCUUUGACCAGGUCCACCUGCUGGAAUGCUGCUGGUUAGAGGUGCUGAUGCUGGGGCUGAUGUGGAGAUCUGUUAAUUAUCCUGGGAAGCUCAUCUUUUCCCCUGAUCUCAUUCUCAGCAGGGAUGAAAGCAGCUGUGUGCAAGGAUUUGUGGAGAUUUUUGACAUGCUCCUGGCAGCCACGUCCCGAUUCAGAGAGCUGAAGCUGCAGAAGGAGGAGUACGUCUGCCUCAAGGCCAUGAUCCUCCUCAACUCCAAUAUGUGUCUGAGUUCGGCUGAAGGAGGAGAAGAGCUGCAGAGCAGGACCAAGCUGCUUCAGCUGCUGGAUUCUGUGACUGAUGCACUAGUGUGGGCCAUCUCAAAAACAGGCCUGAGCUUUCAGCAGCGGUCCGCACGCCUCGCCCACCUGCUCAUGCUGCUCUCGCACAUACGCCACGUCAGUAACAGAGGGAUGGACCACCUGCACUGCAUGAAGAUGAAGAAGAUGGUUCCGCUGUAUGACCUGCUCCUGGAGAUGCUGGACGCUCACAUCAUGCACAGCUCUCGUCUGCCCCACCCUGUUCCAAAAGAAUCCACUGUUCCAAAGGAGAACUCCAGAGCACAGGAACCCUACAACAACUGCUCUUCUCAGCAGUGGCACCAGCCUGGCACAGAUGAACCUGUGGAGCUCAGCAAAUCCAUGCCCAAAAAUCACCUUGUUGUGAAGAUGGACUGAACAGUGCAGAAAGUGUGAUGAUUUUGCCUGGAACAAUCACACAGUUUGUUUACUUUGCACCAUAAACUGUUUCUGAACGAGGUUUUUACGCAGAGCAUGAAGACGACUCAAAGGACUGAACCAAAGCACCUGUACAAAGCCUUAAACUGUGUAGUUCAGUAAAAGUGAGGAGGUUUGAGGGAAGCAUUUCUGGAUGUCAUAUCAGUCUUACAGAACAGUCUGCAGUCUGCUUGCAGAGCUAAAUGCACUUUAUUCACCUGCGUCACCAACAUCUACCAAAAUGAGGCUGUGGGGAAUGGAAGCAGCGCUGUAGCGCUGAAUACUAAUGUAACCGAGCUUAUUAGGGUUCGCCUAAUACUUUAUAAUUAAUAAAAUAAAACGCACUCAGACCCAAUGAGGGAAAAUAGCCGUCACACUUUAUUUUGCUCUUCUUCUCUCCUUUUUUUUUCUCUCUGCCCUACGGCUACCCCAGCAGGACAUUCAGUGUACAUACACAUUCCAUAACUCAAUAUUCCUUAAAGUCGGUUACACUAACAAUGCCGCGUUCCCAAAUGUGCUUCUUCAAAAAGAAAGAAAUCGUAUAGAGGUCAAACUUUCCAUAGUUUCCCCAAAGAUCCCGUAUUUUACUGUGAAUGGAUUUACAAAACCAGUAGAGGUCGCCAUUUCAGUUUAAGAUGUAUGUUAAUGUGCUAGCUAGCUAGCUAAGGCUAGCCAUAUUAAUAUUACCCAGACAGCCAAUCUAGCCAGAUGAACAUUAGCAGAGAGAAACAGCAAGCUAGCUAAACAUGGUUAUCCGGUGAUGACUAAAUUAUUAACCCUUAAAUGGUUAUUUUCUCAGUUUAAGGUCAAAACGAGUGGGGGAAUAGAUUAGCCUGCUUAGCUAGCCAGCUAUUUACUAUCCUACCGCACGGAGCCUGGUCUCACAAGUGUGUACAUUCUCAUGCUUAGCUGAACUAUAUUUGGCAUUUAAUGGUCAUGUUAACAUUAAUUUUAUGUCUAAAUUGAUAUUCCAGAUUAACAUGAAGACAAAAAAGUUUCAGAACACUUUACAAAAGAGAGUUUUUUUAAGACACUGGUUAGAAUGGGAAAGUUAAAGAAGGAUGUUCUGUCCACAUUAUUUACCUGGACAUAUAGUUUAGCGAAGCCUGUAAGGAAAACUGUAGUUAUAUCAACUACAAGGUAUUUUUCUACAGACACUAAGUUAGUUAGUAACUCACUAGCUAGAAAGCUAGCUAACACACACGUUUUCAAUACAGGAAACAAAGACAACUAAGUAGCUAGCUACCUUCCACGUCCUGCAAAUAACUCUCAGUCUCAAUCCUGCACUUAUUUUCUGCGCCACACAGGCGCUGGUGUAUAUCAUUGACAGUAUAUAUUAACUGGACCAAGCCAUCCCGCUGAUUUCAACAGAGCCAGGUGAGGCCAAUCGUGUCACUUCCUGAUCGGCUUCUCGUGGGGCGUUAACCGGGAAAGUGAGAGAUUGCACAGGCGCCAGCAUGACGCGAAUCUUCAGCGUGCCUUGCAAAAAAACGUACUGUUUAUAGGAGCUGCACACUAUUCACUCUACAGUGAGGAAAGCUCCAUUCCGUCCCAGAAUGGGGCUUUUAUUGAAUAAACAGGAGAUAUAAACGAGAAUUACUGAUACCCAAUAUUAGUCCACGGAUUUACUGAAGAAUAUUCAUAGUUUGUCUAUAUAACAAGCAUUUAGAAACUCAGUAAUAAGAAUAAUAAAUGUGUAAUAUAAAUUACAGUUAUAUCUAUACAUUAUAAUUCUCAUAGUCUAUCUUAUUUCUAUUUACUACUAUCUUACUAUCUACAAUGUAUUGUAACUGUUAGUAGUAGUAUUAUAUUUGCAUAAUAAGAGGUUACUUUGACCCUGUUCUAAUUCAGUCAGCUCUGUACUUUUAAAUUAAGAGGAGCAACUUCUCCAAACAUUACAGCACGGUAUUUUGGGUCGCUGUAUUUUUACGUCAUCGUUAGCAUAGUUGUAUAAAAAUGUUAUUUUCUAAAGCUAUGAACAGAUUAUUAAUCUUAUGGAUCAAAUUGCAGAAAAUCCGUUCUUUAUAGAAAAGAACACGGGACGUGUCAUAAUCGAAAACGGCUUGGAAAUACAUUUAUUAUUGGUUCAAAGACACCCCGAAAUGAAUGGAAGUGAACGGAUAGCUUUGCUCUAAUGGUCCUCUCAUUCCUCAGCAGCACACUUGGAAGGUGGCACGUUUUGGAAGGGAAAAACUGGGGGCCUGGUGUAUAUUCUGCCAGCUCCCUCUCUGCCUUGACCCUUCCGGUUUAAUAGCACAACCCCCAGCCUUGCUUUCGUAUCAACAUGGCCGUGGCGUGAAUAAGGUGCAUUCAUUGAUUGCGUCUUUUUGGGACUUUUUUGUACAGUAGUUUUGGAUAUUAUUUUUUUUGUUGUUUGUUUAAAUCUUCAAUCUCAAGAACUUUCCACUGUGAUUGUGUAAAUCACAGGUCUAUAUGGGUGUCAUAAGAGUCUUUCUUGCACUGCAAACUUGUGUAAUUCUGUUAUGAACAGUUGUAAUCACCAUCUUGUGCCUGUACUUUUGUGUGAAUAGUAUUUGGACAGAUUGCUUUAUUGCUUUUGGACAGAUUCUGUUAUUUUUUUAUCAUACUUUACUAUUGAUGAGCCCCGUCCACAGGGUAAACACAAGACUGUUGGCAGAAUAUGCACUAAACCUAUGAAUAUAUAAUAAGACUGUCAAUGGAAAAGUUGACCACAUGUGAACCGAGUUUGCAGUGUGAUGCUGAAUGAUGUUGGUAACUACUAAUCACAUAAAUCUAAAAAAAAAAAAAAAUCCCAUAAAAAAAAUCACAUAAAUCAAAAAAAUCUGUUUUAGCCAUUGAGGAACCAAAUCACCAGCAAAAGUGUUGAUUUGGUUUCUAAGCAAGAAAAUGCCUAUUCCACCAGUUUUUAGAUGCAAAGAACCACACAGAUCUGGCUUAUAACAUCUUAUAAAGUGCACUGUUAGUACUGAAAUAACUUUUGGUGCUUUAAAUCAGUGACACCGUCCUGUCCUGUUCUGUAUAAUUAUUUAAUUACACUUUCUGCAUAAUUCAGUGUGUAAUGUGUAAAUAAAGUCAUUCAGUGUUGGUUGAUGUAAAAUUUCAUCCAUCCAUAUAAUAAAACUUGUUUUUUUUU